AUCUGUGCGUGUGAAUAAAAACACAAUUCUGAUGGAAGUCAUCACAAAAAAAGUGAAUUGCUCUUGAAAAAGUGAAAUUUCCUUUAUAAAACCUGUUUAAAACGUUUUAAAACUGGAAUUAAAGUAAAAUUUAUUUAUUAUAUUAUUGAAAACAAAUAAAUUUAAAAGUUUUUGCAAAAGAUUAAGAACAAAAAUUUGCCUUCGAAAAAUCUAAAAGGAAAAACCCCAAUUUCCCCUUCCUCUUUUCUAACAUACAGAAGGGAAAAAACUAUAAUAAAAGAAGACAAAGACACAAAUAUAGAGAAAAAUACAAAAAUAAUCAAAAAAAGGUGGAAGAAGCAGCAGCUAAGAAGGGAAACAUACAAAAAAAACCCAUAAUAGAAAUAAAAUAAAAAAAUACGACAAAAAUCACGGAACACAAAAGAAGACAUUUAUAGAGUAAAAGACUACAGAGAUAGAUAGAAAAAGCUGAGAAAAAAAAAUCGAGGAAAUAUUUUCAGAUUUGCGUCAUAAGUUGAAAUAGAACUUGUUAGCUUCUUGGAAUGACUAUAAAACCUGUUAUAGCACCAACACCCAAGAGGUCUGGCACCUCAGCGAAUGAAUCGGAUAAAAAGGAGUCACAUCAAGUGGCUAAUGUUGGAGAUGCGGGAACGAAUGCCUUAAAUCAACAUCGUAAUGUGGUAAUAGAUGCUCACGGUCAGAGUCCCCAGCGUAGGGUAGAUGUCUAUGAUGAAUUGGCCAGACAUCGACGUAGUCCCCAUAAGACUUCACGCAAUAAACGACGUGAUCAUCAUAAUGAUCCCUCACAAUUGCACCACAAAAGGGAACGAGUAGCUGCCGCUCUUAAUGACAAACAUGGUAAUGUUGGCAUUAGUGUGGCAAACAUUAAAUGCAAUAGUCCUCACUCGGCUACAGCUGCAACGGUGGGAUCAGGUGUUGUUAAUCCUAAUGCAGCUGUAACACAUGGUUCUUCGUUGGGCAAUAAAUCUCCUGAUCAUUUACUUACGACCUCCAAGACAACUCAAACUCAAUCGGGUUCUGUUGCUCAGGCAGCUAGUGGUUUGCUUAAAGCUAUAGAAGAUACUUUUUCCGGUUACAAUUCGGGUGAUGAACAUUUACAACCUAAGGAGAAUUUAACUACGGCCGAUGAAUGGCAAAAGAAAGAUGAACAAUUUGCCAAAUGUAUGGCUGAUCGUGGUUAUAUUUUAAAGCCUGUAGAAGAGGAUGGUGCCUGUUUGUUUCGUUCUAUUUCUUUGCAAAUUUAUGGGGAUGAGGAAAUGCAUGAUGUUAUAAGGCAACAUACUAUGGAUUAUAUUUUUAAAAAUCGUGAAUAUUUUAGUCAUUUUGUAACUGAAGAUAUUAACAGUUACAUCAAACGAAAACGACGUAAAGAUUCUCAUGGUAAUCAUAUUGAAAUCCAAGCUAUGUCCGAAAUUUAUAGUCGUCCUGUUGAGGUCUAUUGCUAUAAGCCCACUCCCAUUAAUAUAUUCAAUUCGGAACAAUCGAAUAAUGGUUAUGCUCCCUUACGUUUAUCCUAUCAGAGGGGCACACACUAUAAUGCCAUUAUAGAUCCUUAUAAUGCCACUGUGGGUGUAGGUCUAGGUUUAGCUGGUUAUAAACCAGAACUACAAACAAAAGAGGCCGUACGUAUGAGUGAACAAGAUGAAAUAGAACAAACUAUGUUUGAGGAUAAACUAAAGACAACAGACUGGGAGGCCACAAAUGAGGCAAUUGAAGAGCAAAUAGCUAGAGAAUCAUAUUUACAAUGGUGUAGAGAUAAUUUGCAAAAAAAUCGUAAUGCCACAUCUACCUCAGCGGCAGCCUCAACAUCGGCCACAGUAACGUCGGGUGAAGCGACUUCUGAUGCAGAGGCUUCACCUUCUAAAUACGCUAUACAACGUUUAAAUUCCAAUAAUAUUUUAAAUAGCAAUAGCAAUACUAAUAGCACUAUAACCAGCUCAGCAAGUUCCUCCACAACAACAACUACUACGAAUAGCAAUAGUAACAACAGCACAACUUUAAAUAAUCUCGAGCAACAUCAAUAUGUUUCUCACUCACCCAAACAUUUUACUUCAUUAGCUCAUCUAAAAACCGGUGACGAUUUAGGUUUCGAUAGUGAUGAUACCGAUAUGAGUAGUACUAGUUCAAUAGGUGGCUCUACAUCACCUUCAUCUGCUGUCAGAAGUAAAAAAUCUAAAACACGUAAUCCCACAAAAAAGUUAAUUAAUAAGAAAAGACGUCGUGAUUUGCAAAGUAAUCAACAAGAUGAUACUGUUUCUCUGCGUAAAAGUCCCAAACGUGAUUAUGUCGCUGACUUGAGUGCACGUGAAGAAAAACGUCCAUUAACUCCGGAUUAUGAGCAACAAUUACCAAGUACUUCGAAACAAUCUCAUACACCGGAAAAACAAUACAAUAAAACUAGCUGUACUGCCGCUUCAGCUGCAUUGCCGUCAUCUUCUUCCUCAGCUUCAGUUAGUGGAAAUGAAAUGGGCAACACAAUGUCUGCUUCUACAACACCAACAACAAAUUCCCCCAUAAAGCAGACAAAUUCUAGUUUUUAUCAGGAGUUAUUAGAGGCAUCCUAUGCGAAUGAUGGCUUUAGCCAAUUAACUGAAUCUGAAAUGUUACAACGCGCCAUACAAAUGUCCACACACGAUUAUAUAGAAGAUCAAAAACGUAAAUAUUUAUAUGGACCAUAAAUAUUAAAUUUUCAAUUUUUUAUUCGUCCCGCUAAACAAAACGUUUCCAAAAUAAACUUAAGGUAUUCAUAAGUUCAUUUAACUUUUCAACAUAAAUUCUAAAUUUUAUUGAAAUUUUUAUUUCAAAAUUUUAAAAAAGUUCUUUUUUUGAGCAAAAAAAAAAGUUAAAUGAAAUUAUUUUUUUUAUUUUUAAAUAUUUUUUUAUUAUUAAUUUAUAUAAACAGCAAAAUGCAUAAACAAAUGUUAUACAAACAAACAUAUUUAUAUAUUUUGGAAGUUGUUGUUUUUUUUUUUGGAAAAGAAAAAAAAACGAAACGAAACUUUUUUGUAGAAAUAAAUCCUAAAAAG